AUGGACGAGGACGCGCCCUGCCGCGUCUGCGGCAAGACCGACGACGAAGAGUUCCUCGUGCUCUGCGAUGGCUGCGACGCGCCUUUCCACACCUUUUGCCACCAUGGCUGCGUCUGCUGCCAGGAAAAGCCGCGCAACAACUUCAACAAGAAGUUCGCUGUCCCGGACGGCGACUGGUUCUGCAAGUUCUGCGCCGGCCACAUCCCCGCGCCCAAGGGCAAGCCGCUCUCGCGCAUCUUUGCCUGGGGCGACAACGAAGACGGGCAGCUUGGCCUUGGCGACGCCGACCUGCUCCUGCAGGCGACGCCGACGCUGGUCCCGAGCCUCGCCGGCCUCUCGGUGCGCGACGUCGCGUGCGGCGAAAACUUUACCGUCGUGCUCGCGAACGAAGGCGACGCAUACUCGGUGGGCACGGGCGUCAGCGGCCAGCUCGGCCACAACGACGUCACGUCCGAGAAGGAUGCGACGCCGACCAAAGUCCCCACGCUGCCGACGAUCAAGAAGCUCUUUGGUGGCUGGAACCACGCGUUUGCGCUCGAAUUCGCGGCUUCGAUUCCCGAAAAGCCCGAGCGCGUGACGCCCACCGCGCGCGGACGCGGCGCCAAAGCCAAGGGCGGCGCGGCGCCAAGGCCCCCGCGACCAAGCGGGCCAAAAAGUAAAUGA